ACUCCCACGUUGGGCCCAUAAUCUGAGGUCUUUGCUAACUUAUCGUUAUGCUCAUGUGAUUGUGGACAUCAUUCUUAACCGUGUCCAGAGCUAGCUAGGCAAAGACCAAAGAGAGAGCAAAAAGAGAAGAAAAAAUGGCAACACAAGCUUUGGUGUCUUCGUCGUCUCUAACAUCCUCAGUGGAGGCUGCAAGGCAGAUUUUUGGAAGCCGACCGACCCAAUCCACGAGGAGAUCAGCUUCUUUCGUGGUCAGGGCCGCUUCAACUCCUCCCAUCAAGCAAGGAGCGGACAGACCCUUGUGGUUUGCAUCCAAACAGAGCCUUGCUUACUUGGAUGGCAGCUUACCUGGUGACUACGGAUUCGAUCCAUUGGGCCUAUCGGACCCAGAAGGCACAGGUGGGUUCAUCGAGCCCAGAUGGUUAGCCUACGGUGAGGUAAUCAACGGGCGAUACGCCAUGCUCGGAGUCGUGGGGGCCAUCGCACCAGAGAUUUUAGGAAGUCUUGGUCUCAUCCCACCGGAAACCGCUCUCCCUUGGUUCAAGACUGGAGUCAUCCCACCGGCGGGGACAUACAACUACUGGGCCGACCCAUACACCCUCUUUGUAUUCGAAAUGGCUCUAAUGGGCUUUGCGGAGCACAGGAGGUUCCAAGACUGGGCCAACCCUGGGUCUAUGGGCAAGCAGUACUUCUUGGGCUUUGAGAAAUACCUUGGUGGGUCCGGUGACCCAGCUUACCCUGGUGGGCCUCUGUUUAACCCACUUGGGUUUGGGAAGGACGAGAAGUCCUUGAAGGAUUUGAAGCUCAAGGAAGUGAAGAACGGAAGAUUGGCUAUGUUGGCAAUCUUGGGUUUCUUUGUACAGGGCCUCGUGACUGGUGUUGGGCCGUACCAGAACCUGCUUGACCAUUUAGCCGACCCGAUCCACAACAACAUCUUGACUAGCCUCAAAUUCCACUAAAAAAAAAAAAAAGAAAAAAGAAAAAAAAAGGGGGGGGAUUGUAUUAUAUUUACUAUUUAGUGAUGUGCCCUUUGUUGCUUGGGACAAACCUUUUUGGGGUCUGUUUCCGUUCUUUUCUUCCUCUCAUUGUUACGUUAUGUGAGAAUCUUUAUUGCUAUCCUUUUCUCUAUAACUCUGUAAGAAUGACUUGUUAAAAGAAGAACUCAUCAAUACAGACAUGCUAAUAAUGCUA